GCAAAAUAUGAGCUCCUCAUAAACAUGUACUAAACUACUGGUUAAGAGACUAGUCUAAAGAACUAAAGUUAUAAAAAUGAAGAUGAAGCCUAUAGGAACGCGGUGAGCAAGUUUUUUUCAAGAAACUCCCUUUGGAUUUUAUCACAUCUCUGAAAGAAGAAAUCUGGCUCUGUUUUGGCUAACUUUUCACUAAGAAGCUAUCAAAGAAACUACCAAAAGGAAUAUACAAAGAAAUAUACUGAAUACUAACAACUGUCAACACAAGGAGACACCCCCGAGAAGGGCUCUGACAGGAUCACCACUGGACAUUAAAAGAACAUAAUUUGGAGGAAAGAAAACUAGGAGGUAAGCCAAAAAAUCAAGAUUGUUAAAGUUAGCAGCUAAUAGGAUAUCUAACUCAUAAAAGCUGCAGGCAGAGUUGUCAGUAGUGUGUGUCACUGUCAACAUUCCAUGACAGUUGAAAAUGGCUACAUUGAAGGGGCGGAGCUUCAGUAGCCCUGCUGUCAGCUACCCAGCCACAGUCAACAGUGAGACCCAGAGAAAGAAAUACAAGGAGCAGCUACUAAGAGACUCACCAGAAACCUUAGUAACAGACUUUAUGGUCCUAAAUGGCAAGGAAACAAAGGUAGAUCUGGUGUUCUUUACUAGCCAUCCAGAAGCAUGGCACCAGACCCUUAGUUCCUACAACAAAGCGUUCAAAAUGGCUGGGAACAAAGCAAUGAGGCAACUCUAUUUGGAUUCUAAGCCCAAAUUCAACAUCAACAUAUACAACAAUGGAACAGUAAUGAUUCAGGGGUCAGAGACAGGCCUAGAUCAAUUUGAAAGAGACUUUUCAAAGCUUAAAGCCCGGGUAGAGAAAGUCAAGCCCACUGUCCCCUCUGCUGCAGCAGCAGAGACCACAAGACCCACUCCCCCUCCCCCUGCUCCUUCUGGCUCCACCACGGCCCCUCCCUCUGCCCCCUCUCCACCCGCGGCCACUCUCCCUCACUCUCCUCAAACACCCAGGACAGUGUCAGUGCAGAGGAUCCAGGAGUGCCUGUCAUUUGUAGAGAUGGAAAUUGCUGAAUUCAAGGAAAGUCAGCUGAUGGACAGUGACACUACCAAACAGCUAAUGGAGGAAUUUAAAACAUUUAAAAAGGAAAAUGAACUCAAAAUAAAAAACCUUGAACUAGAAAUGAACAACUUAAAGGAACAAAUCAACAGCCUAAACACUGAAUUGAUAUUAGUAAAAAUUUCCUUAGAACAGAAAAGCAACAUUAUUCAGAGCCUUACUGAACAGCUUUCCAGCCUAACCACCAACUCAACAACGUUAGAGAGCAACCCAGACACCAGCAGGAACAGAAUCUCAGCAGAUGAGCACACCCUCACCACCAAGCCCACUUUACCUGCUUCUUCAACCCAACAGUCCUCACCAGCCACACCUACCUCUGCAGCCAGGCCAGCGGAAACAACCUCAUCUGCCUCACCCCUGCCCACCCCUCCAACCAGGCUGAUACCUACUACAGAAACCCCUCAACCCUUGCCAACUCCCACUGUUCCCUCGACUUCGACUACCUCACCCUCUGUACAACAUCAACCAGCCACAAAAACAGCCAUACUCAUGGACUCAAAUGGACGGUUCCUUGACCCCUUAAAACUGUUUCCCACCCACAGAGUAGCAAAAUUCUGGUGCCCCACCACAGAAUCUGCUCUCAAAAUACUCUGCCCCUCCACUCUUUUGGACCCACAAAACAUCAUAAUUCAUACGGGAACAAACAACCUGAGAUCCAAGAGAGAGGCAGUGGCCAAGUCCAUAAAAACAGUGGCAGAGAAGGCCCAUGAAGAAUUCCCGACAGCAAACAUCAUCAUCUCAUCACUCCUCCACAGAAAAGACUUCCCCAAAGACUUGAUCAACAAGAUCAACCAAGACAUAUUGUCAUACUGCUCAAAAAUACCCAACACCCGCAUUGCCCAUCAUCCAUCUCUGUCUGAGGAUCAUCUCUUCGACCACGUACACCUAACCCGUGACGCAGUCAGACAACUGGCAAAAGACCUGAAAGACACAACUCUAGACAGAACUUCCCCACUUCUCCGACCCAAUCAGGCAAACCCACCCCGCGACAGACAACAGAAACCCAACCCCAAUGGAGUCCGGUCCACUCAUCGGCAGACUAACCAAGCCCAACGCAGCGAAACUCAUCCCAGCAGAACUCCGACCAAACCUGCCCCGACCACCAGAGCCCAGUCCAACAACACCAAGGCUAGCAGGACACAGUCCAACUGGGCUCAACCCAGGAGCACACAACCCAGCAUCCCGCAACCCAUUAAUAUAGGACCCAGCCAAGCUGAGCUGUGCCCUCACCCAAGGGCCAUCCACACCACCAGCGCUUAUAAAGACAACACUCUGCUGAACAGCUGCGACUGCUGUGGAGUCCCACAGCAAAAUCUAACAUACUCAGACAUUCUCCAAGGUAAAAACCACCCUGUCUAUACAGACAUUGGAGAGGGAGAGAACUCAGUUGGGGGGGCACACUGGCCUGUUUGGGCGUGCCUGGCCCCCUAUGGCCCGUCCUUGACGCCGACGCUGGAGGGACAUCUGUCAUUCAUUUUAACAACAAGCAGCGCAACUUCAAACAGCACAUCUGUAUUUUGCUGGUCACCGGCACAUUGA